AUGAGUGAGUAUCAACUACUCGUACCUCAACAAGUAUACGCUUCUAUUAUAUGGCCCAGCAUCAAUCUAAGACUGAAUAAAUGUAGCCUAGAUCAUAGUAGUGCUGCAUUGAUAUUAUUCAAUAAAGACAUAAAACUAUCUUAUUAUUCCUCGCAAUUAAUACUAUUAGUGUUAAUGCCAAUGUAUCAGUUUAUGUCUGGAUACAAUUAUGCAACAGAAAGUAGUGAUUCAGCUCCGAUUGGGGAGUUAAGAGAAAAGACAAAAAUCCCGAUGGAGGAAGCUCAAAGAAAUAUCGCUGUUGAAACGGAAGCCUCCGAUGCUUCCUCAUCUCAUCACUAUGAAAGACAAAAUAUUGACCACUUAUCAAAGAAGAACACAACUUAUAUCAGGUUUGUACUAUCCGUUUACAGACUGUCACCAUAG